UCAAUACUUAUCAUCUCCACGUUUUUCGAAUUUGAAAAUUGGAGCUGUGUGAAUUCCAUUUUUUCUUAUCAACCUCCCUUCCCAAAAAAUUCAUCCUCAUUCUGUGGAAUUCUGUGGAAAGUUUCAAGUUUCUAUCUUUAGAGUAGAAUCGAAUGCUGAUCUCUGGCAUUCUCUUGGUAUUCUCUAUACACCUGUGAUUACAUAGCUUUAAUCCUUUCCUCUCAUUACAUUUGUGCAAGUAGGAAGGCAUAGAAAUUUCAAGGCUGUUAGAAGGAUGAUACGGGCGGAGAAGAUUAGAGAGAAGCUCAGGCGAGAGAAGCUCCGAUGGAGCAAGCUCUACACUUUCAGUUGCAGCCGAGCUAACCCUGAGCUGAUUGAUUCGGUUGAUCCAUUAAUUGGCCUUCAAUGUCCCAGUUUCUCCCGAAAGGUACAUUGCAAUCAACCCAGCCUCCACUGUCGGAAACAUCUCCAUUAUCCAUCCAAUUACAUUUCCACUACCAAGUAUAACAUCAUAACCUUUCUCCCUAAAGCCAUCUUUGAACAGUUUCGGCGUGUUGCUAAUCUCUACUUCCUCCUCGCUGCCAUCCUCUCUCUCACGCCCAUUGCUCCAUUCUCUGCUGUCAAUAUGAUUGCCCCCUUAACCUUUGUAGUUGGCUUGAGCAUGGCUAAGGAGGCCAUGGAGGAUUGGAGGAGGUUCACGCAGGACAUGAAGAUUAAUAAAAGGAAGGUUUGUGCUCAUAAGGAGGAUGGGAACUUUCGUUACAAGAAAUGGCAUAGAAUCUUGGUUGGUGAUGUAGUUAAGGUUGAGAAAGAUCAAUUUUUCCCUGCUGAUUUGCUUCUGCUCUCCUCGAGCUAUGAGGACGGGAUAUGUUAUGUGGAGACUAUGAAUUUGGAUGGGGAGACAAAUUUGAAGGUGAAGAGAGCACUAGAUGUGACCUUGCCUUUUGAUAAUGAGAACUCGUUCAAGGAUUUCUGUGCCACCAUAAGGUGUGAAGACCCCAAUCCUAGUUUAUACACCUUUGUGGGAAAUUUGGAGUAUGAGAAGCAGGUUUAUUCUUUGGAUCCAAACCAAAUUCUUCUGAGAGAUUCAAAACUGAGGAACACAUCUUACAUCUUUGGAGUGGCUGUUUUCACUGGUCAUGAUAGCAAGGUCUUGCAAAACUCAACAGAAUCACCAUCAAAGCGGAGCAGCAUUGAGAAGAAAAUGGAUUACAUUAUAUACAUUCACUUUACUCUACUUGUUUUAAUUUCAUUAAUCAGCUCAAUUGGAUUUGCAGUAUAUACUAAGUUUGGAAUACCGAAUUGGUGGUACCUUCAACCAGAGAAAGCCUCCACUUUGUACAACCCAUCAAUGCCUACAUUAUCUGGCAUCUUCCAUCUCGUGACUGCUCUCAUCCUUUAUGGAUAUCUCAUACCGGUUUCUCUCUAUGUUUCUAUAGAAGUUGUGAAGGUCUUACAAGCCAUGUUUAUCAACCAGGAUAUUCAGAUGUAUGAUGAGGAGACAGGAAAGCCAGCACAAGCCAGGACCUCAAAUUUAAAUGAGGAGCUUGGGCAGGUUGAUAUAAUCUUGUCUGAUAAAACAGGCACACUUACUUGCAACCAGAUGGACUUUCUGAAGUGUUCUAUUGCAGGAGUGUCUUAUGGUGUAGGCUCUAGCGAAGUGGAAAUGGCUGCUGCAAAGCAUAUUGCCUCAGAGAUCUCUGGUUCUCCUAGUUGGAAUUGCUUCCCAGCAGAUUAUUGGGAUAACAAUGAGGAUGACUCUUCAAUAAUUGAACUGGAGGGUGGCAUUACCAGAAAGAUUGAGAAAGAUCCCAUACCUAAGAUAAAGGGUUUCAGCUUUAAAGAUGACCGUUUACUGCAAGGAAAUUGGGUUCAGGAACCAAAUGAUGGGGCCAUUAUAAUGUUCUUCAGGGUUCUUUCAGUUUGUCACACAGCGAUCCCCGAACAUGAUGAGGAAACUGGUAACUUCACAUAUGAGGCGGAGUCACCUGAUGAAGGAGCUUUUCUUGUUGCUGCUAGAGAAUUUGGCUUUGAGUUUUAUAGAAGAACUCAGUCAAGCGUGUUCAUACGAGAAAGCUAUCCAAAUCCUUCCGAAAGGGAAUUUAAGAUUUUGAAUCUAAUGGAAUUUAAUAGUGAAAGGAAGCGCAUGUCUGUCAUUGUUCAGGAUGAGACUGGGCAGAUAAUUCUUCUCUGCAAGGGUGCAGACAGCAUUAUUUUUGAUAGACUGUCAAAAAAUGGAAAAAUGUAUGAAGCAGAUACGAUGAAGCAUCUGAAUGAAUUUGGAGAAGCAGGCUUGCGCUCAUUAGCUUUGGCAUACAAAGUUUUAGAUGAAUCAGAGUAUUCAACUUGGAAUAAAGAAUUUCUCAGAGCAAAGGCUGUCAUUGGACCUGAUAGAGAUGCUCAACUAGAGCAUGUUGCUGAUAUGAUGGAGCAGGAAUUAAUCCUCAUAGGAGCUACUGCUGUUGAAGAUAAACUACAGAAAGGGGUUCCUCAUUGUAUAGACAAACUAGCACAGGCUGGUUUGAAGAUCUGGGUUCUAACUGGUGACAAGAUGGAAACUGCCAUAAACAUAGGGUAUUCUUGCAGCUUACUUCGUCAAGGAAUGAAGCAGAUAUCCAUAUCAAUAAUGAAUACAGAUUUUAUAGAACUAGAUGCAAGGAAGACUAUUAAAGAUAAUAUUUCGCUGCAAAUCACCAAUGCUUCUCAAAUGAUCAAGCUAGAGAAGGAUCCUCAUGCAGCGUUUGCUUUAAUCAUUGAUGGGAAAGCCUUGAGUUAUGCUUUGGAGGAUGAUAUGAAGCAUCAUUUUCUUGGUUUAGCUGUUGAUUGUGCUUCUGUCAUAUGCUGUCGGGUUUCUCCAAAGCAGAAAGCACUGGUAACACGGCUUGUCAAAGAAGGAACAGGCAAAACUACUUUAGCAAUAGGAGAUGGUGCAAAUGAUGUUGGCAUGAUACAAGAGGCGGAUAUUGGCGUUGGGAUUAGUGGAGUAGAAGGAAUGCAGGCUGUUAUGGCUAGCGACUUCUCUAUUGCUCAAUUCCACUGGCUGGAAAGGCUUCUUGUCGUCCACGGCCAUUGGUGUUAUAAAAGGAUUGCACAGAUGGUGUGCUAUUUCUUUUACAAGAAUAUAGCCUUCGGCCUCACUUUAUUUUAUUUUGAGGCAUACACUGGCUUUUCAGGACAAUCGGUCUAUGACGACUGGUACACGAUAUUAUUCAAUAUCAUUCUCACAUCAUUACCUGUUAUAUUACUAGGAGUAUUUGAGCAGGAUGUGUCCUCUGAAGUAUGCCUACAGUUCCCAGCUUUGUACCAGCAAGGACCCAAUAAUUUGUUCUUCAAUUGGUCGAGGAUCAUUGCAUGGACGGCGAAUGGUCUCUACUCAUCUCUUGUCUUGUUUUUCAUCAACAUCAGCAUCUUCUAUGACCAAGCGUUCCAGUCUGAAGGGCGAACUGCUGACAUGGCUACCAUGGGAACUACCAUGUUCACCUGUAUCAUAUGGGCCGUAAACUUGCAGAUAGCCCUCACGAUGAGCCACUUGACAUGGAUUCAGCAUCUCUUUGUGUGGGUAAGCAUCGGCACCUGGUAUGUCUUCCUUUCCUGCUAUGGAUUGAUGUCGCCGUUCAUCUCCGGGAACGCCUUCCACAUAUUAAUCGAGUCUCUCGGCCCGGCUCCAACAUAUUGGCUCACAACCUUCUUUAUGGCGGUGGCGUGCAACAUUCCUUACUUUGUUCAACUCUCCUACCAAAGAUUGUUCCAUCCACUGGACCACCAUGUGAUUCAGGAGAUGAAGUACUUCAAAAAGGAUAUUACGGACGAGUGUAUGUGGACAAGAGAGAGCUCAAAAGCGAGACAAGAGACCAAGAUUGGGUUCACUGCCAGAGUAGAUGCUAAGAUCAGGCAACUGAAGGGGAAGCUCCAGAAGAAAGUUUCGUCAUUGGGUGUGAUUCCUUGAACUGCAGGGUUGGUCAUUUGUUGUGCUUCUUGUUUGAGAAAAGCUAAUGGCAUGUUAUUUUAUUCAUAUCAAUUUAAUGCAUAAUCGUUGGGUUAUAACUAAUUUCUUGAACUCAAGUAUUUAAGUAUUCUAGCGACCUUCUUGUGGAUUUUUUGUUGAAGUGUCUCCGUAUAGAGCCCGAGAAGUUUUUGUUGGAUAAACUUGAACCCUUACAUGUAAAACCACUGCCGCUUCAAUUUUUGGUCCUUUCAACAUUGCGCGUGUAUUAAAGUAAAUGCUU